AUGAGACUCAAAAAGAUAAUUGGUUGGUUACUAACAGCUAAAGACAAUCUUAAAUUUUGGGCAAACAAAAGAAAACAGUUCAUGGAAGAAAUAAAGCUGGUUGAACAAGAUGAUUUCAAACAAAAGACAUUGGUUGACAAGAAAAUCAAGAGUUUGAAACAAAGCAAAGGCAUUGAAUUGAAAGUCUUAACGUCAGGGAUUCUACAGAAAGCUGACAUUCUACUUGUACAAUAUGUUCAACGACAACACUUUUCUGAUAUUCUGAAGUCACUUGGUCAGAAUCAAAAUGCAACAAAACUACCUAGAUCUGUACAGAAGUUGGAUCCUUUUCUUGUGGAAGGUGUUAUCCGUGUAGGGGUUCGUUUAGAUAGAGCAGACCUGCCAUAUGAUGCUAAACAUCCGGUUUUGCUACCUAAAGAUUCUUGUGUGUCUUCCCUUAUACUUAGAGACAGUCAUAACAUUGUGGGUCACAUGGGAAAAAAUGCGAUGCUGGCAGAUGUAAGACAAAGGUUUUGGAUAAUAGGUGGAGGAACAUUAGCCAAGCAACUUGUUUCCAAAUGUGUAGUGUGUCGGAGAUAUAGAGUUAAAGUUAAAGAACAGAAAAUGGCAAAUCUUCCUACUGAUCGAUUGACACCUGAUGAACCACCAUUCACUCGAGUGGGUGUAGACUAUUUUGGACCUUUCAUGAUCAAACGAGGACGCAGUGUAGUAAAACGCUAUGGUGUUGUAUUUACAUGUUUAUCUAUUCGGGCUGUUCAUCUGGAGGUUGCAUGUUCUUUGGAUACUGAUUCUUGUAUAAAUGCCAUUCGACGGUUUAUUGCCAGAAGGGGAUGUCCAAAGAUUCUACGAUCUGAUAAUGGUUCUAAUCUUGUUGGAUGUAAAAAAGAAUUACAAGACGAGUUAUUGAGAUGGAAUCAACAACAACUGCAUGCAGUAUGCCUGCUAAAGAAUAUUCAGUGGAUAUUUAAUCCACCCAGUGGGUCCCACCAUGGAGGAGUGUGGGAAAGGAUGAUAAGAUCAGUCAGAAAGGUUUUCUAUGGAUUACUUCAGCAACAAGUAAUACGACUUGACGAUGAAGGUCUUCAGACACUUUUUUGUGAAGUAGAGAGUAUAUUGAAUGGACGACCAAUUACUGACAUUUCGAGUAACCCGAGUGAUUUGUCUCCUUUAACGCCAAAUCAUUUGCUGCUGCUUCUUUCUAGUGCAAAGGUUUCCUCCGGGAUUAUUUCAUGCAAAAGACAGUUAUGGGAAAAGACGAUGGAGACAAAAUUCAGUAUCUCGCAGAUUUAUUCUGGAAACGGUGGUCUAGAGAAUAUCUUUCAUUAUUACAAGAGAGACAAAAAUGGCUUCAUUCUCACAAAAACGUAUGUGUAG